CACUAUAAACAUCCCCACCUGAAUUUUGACAAAAUUAAAGGUGCAUGCAUUCUUGUUCCCAUCUUUUUUUCUAGUUGCUAAUGACGUAUAACUCCACUUCUCAAAUCUCAACACCCUAUCUUUUAAACAAAGAUAAAUCCAUAAGCAAUUCCAACUCUCUCAAAAACAAAGACCAAGAGAAACUCUCUCUGUGAGAAAUUGAAAUCAAUAUGGGUGCCAUUAGUUUCUUGGACACCAUAUUAGUCCCCUUGAGUCUUUUCAUCACAAUUGGCUAUCAUUUCUAUCUUUGGCACCACUUGAAGCAUAAACCUUCUCGCACCACCAUUGGUAUGAAUAUACUCAAGAAGAGAUCUUGGCUGCGAGAGCUCAAUCAAGGAAACGAGAAGAAAGGCACGUUAGCUGUACAAAGCUUAAGAAAUGCACUAAUGGAAACAAUACUCACGGCAACAAUCACAAUGAUCAUAACUUUAGCAUUGGCAGCUCUAACAAACAACACUUACAACGUGAGAAACCUCUUUACUAGUGCUUUCUUUGGAUCACAAACAGGGAAGAUAAUCGUGUUGAAAUAUGGCUCAGCAACUAUUUUCUUGUUGGCAAGUUUCUUGUGUAGUUCUUUGGCACUUAGUUGUUUGAUCGAUGCUAAUUUCUUGGUCAAUGCAUUGGGGGAAUUUUCCAUAAAUCCAAUGUAUACAGAGACAGUAUUUGAAAGAGGAUUUACAUUGGCUUUUGUAGGGGAUAGAGUGCUUUGCAUGGCUUUUCCUCUUUUGUUAUGGAUGUUUGGCCCUGUGCCUGUGGUUGUGUCUUCUUUGGCUUUGGUUUGGGGAUUACAUGAGCGUGAUUUUGCUGGAAAUUUGUCAAGAACUAUGAAUAAGAGUUGUAUUUGAAUAAAAAAAAGUUUCUAGUGUUGGUUAUUAA